ACCCGCGCAAAGAAAAGGGAGCGAAGUGGGGGAAUUGCAUGAACAAAAUAAACUAAACUCACUUAGGAGUUAGGGGUAGCAGAUUGAAGCGAAGGGCAUGGAAGGGAGUGGGAGCGAGGAGGAACCCUUGUCCCGAUUGGAGCCGCCGAAAAUCCAGCGGCUGAGUGAGUCGGUGGUGAACCGAAUCGCCGCCGGUGAGGUCAUCCAACGCCCCGUCUCCGCCGUGAAGGAGCUCGUCGAGAACAGCCUCGACGCCGCCUCCUCCUCCGUCAACAUCCUCGUCAAGGACGGCGGCCUCAAACUCAUCCAAGUCUCCGACGACGGCCACGGAAUCCGAUUUGAGGACCUUCCCAUACUGUGCGAGCGCCACACGACAUCCAAAUUGUCUGCGUUUGAAGACUUGCAGCGCAUCAAGUCCAUGGGGUUUCGUGGUGAGGCUCUCGCUAGCAUGACAUAUGUCGCUCACGUUACGGUCACUACCAUUACCCAAGGCCAAUUCCACGGUUACAGGAUUUCCUAUAGAGAUGGUGUCAUGGAGCACCAACCAAGGCCAUGUGCUGCUGUCAAAGGAACGCAGAUAAUGGUUGAGAAUCUAUUCUAUAACAUGGCUGCACGGAGGAAGACGCUACAAAAUUCUUCUGAUGAUUAUUCAAAGAUUGUAGACUUAGUAAGCCGGUUUGCUAUUCAUCAUAUGAAUGUUGGAUUCUCUUGCAGAAAGCAUGGAGCUGUUAGGGCAGAUGUUCACACAGUUGCCACACCUUCAAGGCUAGAUGCCAUCAAAUCCGUCUAUGGGGUCUCAGUUGCUCGCAAUCUGAUUGAAAUUGAAGCUUCAGACAAUGAUCCAUCUUCUUCAGUUUUUGAGAUGCAUGGUUACAUGUCCAAUGCAAAUUAUGCUGCGAAGAAAAUCACUAUGGUGCUUUUCAUCAACGAUAGACUGGUUGAAUGGUCUGCAUUGAAGAGAGCUAUUGAAAUUGUUUAUGCAGCGACAUUACCCAAGGCUUCUAAACCUUUUAUAUAUAUUUCAAUUGUUUUACCACCAGAGAAUAUUGAUGUCAAUGUGCAUCCAACAAAGAGAGAGGUUAGCCUUUUAAAUCAGGAAAUCAUCAUUGAGAAGAUACAGUCAGUGGUUGAAUCAGCAUUGAGGAGUUCCAAUGAGGCACGGACAUUUCAUGAACAACUAGUUAUUUAUAUUGAGAGCACGAUAAAUUCUGACUCGGUCAUUCCUAAUUCACCUGUCUUAUUACCUUCUUCAGGACAAAUCAGCCUACCUUUAGAAAUAGAAAGAGCUAAAAAUCUAGAAUUCUUUAAGAUAAUCACAACAUUCCUAUCCAUGUUCCCCUGGCUUGGUGUGGGAGGCCUUGAUCAGGGAUGCACCAGGUUUACAGCUGGGCAAGCUUCAUUAUCUCGAAUUAAUAUAAGCAAGGAGGUUAACCUCAGCCCUAUGCCAACAGCUUCAAGAUCACUAAAAGUGCCAGUACAUAAGUUGGUUAGAACAGAUUCAUUAGAUCCGGCAGGAAGAUUACAUGCCUAUGCACAAAUUAAGUCUCAGAGACAUCUUGAAAAGAUUUCUAGUUUGAAUGCAGUGAGGUCUUCAAUUAGACAAAGAAGGAACCCAAAAGAUUCUACAGAACUUACUAGUGUUCAAGAACUUCUUGAUGAGAUCAAUAGAAACUGUGACCCUGGCAUGAUGGACAUUGUAAGGCAUAGCACAUAUAUUGGAAUGGCAGAUGAAGUUUUCGCUUUGCUUCAGCAUAAUACUCGUCUUUAUCUUGCAAAUGUUGUACACUUGAGCAAAGAGCUUAUGUAUCAACAAGUUCUGAGUCGCUUUGGUCAUUUCAAUGCCAUUCAGCUAAGUGAUCCAGUCCCUUUGAAAGACUUGAUUAUAUUGGCACUGAAGGAAGAAGAUGCAGAUUCAGAAUGUAAUAAUGAGGAUGGCUUAAAAGAGAAGAUUGCAGAAAUGAACACAGAACUGCUGAAAGAAAAGGCUGAAAUGCUGGAUGAGUAUUUUGGCAUUCAUAUUGAUGAACAUGGAAACAUCUCUAGACUUCCUCUGAUACUUGACCAGUACACUCCUGACAUGGAUCGUGUCCCUGAGUUUACUCUUUGUCUGGGCAAUGAUGUUGAUUGGGAAGAUGAAAAGAAUUGCAUUCAAGCAAUUUCAGCUGCUCUAGGAAAUUUCUAUGCUAUGCAUCCACUGAUGUUGCCCAAUCCAUCUGGUGAGGGCUUACUAUUUUACAAGAAGAGAAAACUGAUGGAAAGCUAUGCUGGAGAGAAUCCUACUGAUGGGAGUGAUGUACUCGACAAUAAAGUUGAACAAGAACUGCUUUCUGAAGCUGAGACAGCAUGGACCCAGCGUGAAUGGUCAAUACAACAUGUGCUUAUUCCUUCCAUGAGACUAUUUUUCAAACCACCUGUUUGGAUGGCUACUGAUGGAACCUUUGUUCAGGUCGCUGCCCUGGAGAAACUGUACAAGAUUUUUGAAAGAUGCUAGGCAACCAUAUGAAUUUUGUGAAGUUAAUGACAUAAGAAUUGCGUGGUUCUGGGCUUUUUGCUUUGGAAUUAAUUGUGCUCCAUGCUGCAUCUUGUAUUGUUCUUGUAAACAUGUAUCUAGAUGAUUCAGGUGUGUUUGGAGGAUUUUUUUUUUGGU